CUGCAGGCUCUCCUUGCACGGCAAGAAGACCCAGGAGAAGAUCUCAAAUCCAGCCCGUUCAUAUCACUGCUGCAGUAUGUAGAGAGACAGAUUUGCUACCCAGGACCCCAUAAGCAGGUUCCUGGGAGGUUUUCGGGGGGGUGUGUGGUUUUUUCCCCCUGUGGUUUCCAGCUGCAGAGUCCCAUGCAGCAGCGUGGACUUACCUUGCCUGCGCUGCUGAGAGACACCACUGCCCUGUGCUCCAGUCGGUGCUGCCCUGUGCUCCACAGCAAACAAAAGUGAAAAUGAAAAUCCAUUUGCCUUUUAAAGAAGUGAGACGCUGGCGAUGAGCCUUUUGCUCUGGGAUCCAAGUCCCUUCUGCAUCUCCUGUGUAAGGCUGUGGAAGAGAAGCUGAAUGACCCGGGAGCUGGAAGGCUGCUCGGGUACAUGGAGAAGGGAAGAAGAGAGGCAUGAAGGCUUCCUCAGGUGCAAACAACUUUUGAGGGAGGUGACUGAGGGACGAGGCUGGUGAGCCUGCCCUAGGACCGUGGAGGAUCUAAGAGACCAUCCAACGCUGUUAGAGCUCAACACACAGGGCAGCCUGAUGGACUCUCCCCACCUCUGGCGGUUGUGUUUCCUGCUUCUGACCAUCGCAGCUCCCCGUGCAACUAUUGCCGUGCCCAGGGGCAGCCCUACUGGGAUGACACAAGACUCUUCCUCUGGCAAAAUGCAUGUGAUAGUCUACUACUGUAAAGACUGUGAGGUCAGCAUAUGCGAAGAAAACGAUUACGGAGGCUUCGACAAAAUUGUUGAUACGGAAAAUGAGACAAUUUCAGAUAAAAAAAUUAAGUUGGAAAUCAAUGAAAAAAACAUCAGUAUGUGCUUUCAGCAAGAAAAUACUUCUUAUAAAGGAAUUUAUGGCAUCUGGUGGCAGAAAAAAAUGGGAAUGGGAGACGCAUGUGGCAUUGUGGAUUACGGAGCUUCCUCAGAAAAUGGGAGUGGUAACAUCAUUAAAAUUUGCUGUGCAGUAGACACAAACCAUGAAAAUACCAAACAUUCCAUGGAGUGCUACACGUCAGAUGAGGAACCACCAACCAGAAAAUCAGGAGUCAGCAUCAGUGAUGAGGAAGACCCAGGUGUUGCUCAACCUCUAAUGGGUGUAGAUGACAGCACUGGCGUCAUUGCCGCAAUACUGAUUCCUGGGGUUUGUGCAGCAGCACUGAUAACGUUUUGUGUUCGACGGAACCGAAAUGGUCAAGGGCCUGUCAUGCUGAUCCAGCAGUUUUUUGAUGCUGCUGGAGGUAAAAACCUGGUCCCUGACAUAGAAGACUUAGCAUCUUUUGGCCAAAAAAGCUCCAAAUGAGAAAACCAGGCCUCUGUGCCAGCAACAUACUCCUCAGUACGGACAUACAGUGUUCAGCUGAGUUUCUUUAGCUCAUUUUAUACGAGACCUUCUGGUAGUGAAAUGUACCUUCACCAAAUCUAUACAUUCACUGAGGACUGGGACACUGAAGCCUUCAUGAGCAACGUGAGAAGCUCCCUGGAUCUCCCAUCCUCUCCUGGUGCUUUGCUAAGGAUAGCAGUGAUUGCAAGAUGUGUGGCUGACUCAGCAGCACGGGUUUAAGCCAGCAGAAUUCUCUCAAUGUUUUUCAUGAUUGAAACUAUCAGUUCGUCUGAAAUUCUUCAAGAAUCAGAAGAGAUCAGAUCUGUGAUCAGGAAGGAUGUGUUGAACCCUGAGGCAGAUGCUCUCUGCAUGUCUUAAAUUUUGUAAUGCAGUAGCACACCUAUUGGUCUUUAUUCUUUUUAACUCCCAGGUCUCUAUAGCCAAAAAAGCAUUUUGUACAGGUGACUGGUUUGUUGAGUAAGAGGGCUUUGGCCUUUUGAACAGACGUUAUGUUUUGCAGCCACCUGCAGGGUGAGGACAUCUCCUCUGAGUGCUCCUUCCUGUGCAAGGGUAGACAGGAGGGCUCUAUCCAGCUCCCUCAGAAGUGGCAUUGGGUCAUAGGGGCUGUAGCUCCCUCCCAGCCUGAACAGAAGUACGAUAUCAAACUCCCUGACAAAUUAGGUCAUAAUACUGCCAAUUUAGUGUAGGAUGCUAUCAACAGUAACUCCAGGGGACAGGAAAACAUACUGACGUACCUGCUCUCUUUACCUGCCAGAGAAGACUGCAAUAUUUCUGCAUCUAGAGACAGGUUUGGGUGUCUGGGAUGCACACAGUGUGUGAUGAAAUACUGCACUUCAGGGAUCCCCUUUUGGUAGUUCACAGGCAGUAUGUAAUCUACAAAUGAUUUAUCAUUCAUGGUUAAUUAGAAUAAACCCUCAAAUUUUGCAUUAGACCUAAUCUAGUAUCAGGCUUUUGAGCAAAAAUCAUCAGCAGCACAACUGAAAAAGCAGAUCCCUGGAACAGUGUGAAUACUUGGUGAAUCAUUUUUAUAUGGUUUAAUUGCCCAUAAACCUGUGGCUGAAACUUCCAGCAGGAAAUCGCAAAGGGUGUCAUGUGAACCUGACGUUUGCUACAAUCACAUCUGAAGGGAAACUUCCUAAUGGAAGACGUUAAAGAAAAGAGUUACUAAUUAACUGUAGAAAUACAGAAAAGCCUCUGUGCUUAAACUGUGGUGGUGUUUGGCACAGAAGCCUAGUGCUGUCACACGUUGGGUUUUUUCCCCCUCCCCAGUGGGGACUUCAAACUCAUGCUGACCUAACAUACCUUUUUAACUCCAUGCUCAGCUUAUUUGUUAGAUUUUGUCUUUUCAAUUUUACGGGGGUGGAAUGCAGUCAAAACUUCAAUAAGAGAUGGCAAUCCCCAGCUAUUCAAAGGCUUUUAGAUAUUUACGGAGUAUGUUAUUUUGAUAUCCAGUUGGGAACUCUUUUUAUCUCAUGAUGAAUGUUAUAAUAUGUUUAUUCGAUAAGCUAAAGCUAAGGCUACCUGUAAAGAGUCCAGACUGUGCAAGGAUUUAGAGAUAGAAGGAAAAAAGACUUUUCCUCUUUAUACAGCACCUUCACACAAUUGCAGUUCCCGUUUUUUUUCCCCAGAACAGGACUGCUAUAAGCUUUCAACAGAGUAUGCCUGUGUCUAAAAGGAGCAAGGAGAAAAGUUUGGGAGAAAAGCAAUCUUUUUUUGGAGGAAAUAAUUUAUCUGAUUAUAUAUAUAUAUAUCUUUGAGUGGCCUAGGGAAAGAGCCACUCAAAUUGGGUGUGGGGCCUUUCACUUUUUGACCCCACUGGAGCUAGUUUCCCUCUGCUGUAUUACUCACAUUAUAUUAACUUCAGGGAUUCAGGUUUAACAAUGUGCAGAUUUAAUUUCUACUCUUUGACACCAGUUGGGGCCAGAGAGCUGGACAUGUUUUGACAAGAAAGGUUAUAUGGACGUCUUCGGCCAGUGACAGGGGGUGAGUGAAAUUACUCACGAGUAGCAAGUCACAGACCGAUCUUUAUUGCUCACUCAAGCACACUUUGCUUUACAUUUCAUCUUUCUAUUGAUGAUUAUGCAGAUUGUGAUACUCAGUGGCAUCACUACCAACUGUUUCACUUUGCCCUUCCUGAGUUGUGUUGUGCACAUUGGUAGACACCCAUCCUCCCAUAUCUCAGGGAAAACUGUCAUAAAUAGCUUUAAAGAUCUACAAUGCUUGUUCUAAUCAAAUGCCUCGUGUUGUUUUGCAGUAUAAAAAUAUAGGCAAAUACUUGUUUAUGAAAGAAAAAAGUGACCGGCCAAAUGGCAUAAUUUGAUAAUUGUAAUUUCAUUUUAAUGAUUUUUUUUUUGUAUUACUCUACUCAUCAUAAUAAAACAUCAGCUUAAAAA